AUGGCCACGUAUCAGUACUCGGCCGUCGAUGACAGGACGAUCCGGCUCGUCACGCUCCGCCCCGGCACGCCGACCGACGCCCUCUGUCUCCACCUGCACGCGCACUCGCUCGACGACGCCGCCACGCUCCCGGCCUAUGAAGCCCUCUCGUACGUCUGGGGUUCGCCCGCCGAGACGUUCCCCGUGACCGUCGACGACGGCGCGACGCUCACCGUGUCGCGCAACCUCCACGAGGCGCUGCUGCACCUGCGCGGCCCGGCGGCGCCGCGCACCAUGUGGAUCGACGCCCUCUGCAUCAACCAGCAGGACCUCGGCGAGCGCGCCACGCAGGUGCAGCACAUGGGGGCGCUCUACCGCGGGGCGGCGCGCGUCGUCGUGUGGUUGGGGCCCGAGGCCGACGACAGCGCGCGCGCGCUCGAGCUCGUGGCCUGGUACGCGGCGCACGUGGCCGUCGACUGGCGCAGCGGCACCGUGACGGCGACGCCGUCGGCGGCGCUCGACGCGAGCUGGUUCAGCCGCGACGUCGCGCUCGCCAUGGGCGACCGCGGGCCGGGGCUCGUCCGCCUCGUGCUGCGGCCGUGGUUCCGCCGCGUGUGGAUCCGGCAGGAGAUCUUCCUCGCGCGGCCUGGCGCCGCCGUCGUCCAGUGCGGCGCCGCCGUCGUGCCGUGGAAGGCCCUCAAGGACGUCGCCUUCUGGCUCGGCACCAAGGAGGUCCACUACUACCCGGACGUCGUCGCUGAUCUCGAGCGCAACGCGCCGGCCCUGUUCGCCAUGGACCGCGUGCGCGCGCUCGGCGAGGAGGUCCCGCGCGGCCUGUUUGCCACGCUGAGCGCCGCCGUGCUGUCGAGCUGCACGGAUCCCCGCGACCGCGUCUACGGCAUGCUCAACAUGCUGUCCGACGAGGACCGCCGCGCCUUCCCCAUUGUCGCCGACUAUACCCUCCCCAUGGGCAACCUGUACCGCGGCCUCGCCCUCGUGUGGCUCGAGCGGCGCAAGAGCCUGGACUUUCUGACCUAUGCCGGUCUGCACCACCCGCAGGCGCUGCACGACGGCAAGUUCCUGCUCACCUGGGUGCCCAACUGGACGGCGCGGUGUCCGGGCGUCAAGACGGCCCUGCCGAACGCUGGCGGGUUCGUGCCGUGCCGGGCCAGCCUCGUCGGCCGGGAGACGCUGCGAACCUGCGGCGUGAAAGUCGCGCGGCUGGCCAAAGUGGUCUGCGACAGCACAAAAUCCAACACGCUGUUGGCCGAGUUCUCGGACCUCAGAGAGGCGUUCUGGGCCGUGCGCAGAGCCGAGACGGCGUAUCAGGGGUACGAUGACCUCCUCGAGGCCUUUACACGACUGUGGUUCGGCAACCAGUUCCGCGACAGGACGGUGCCGGCCGCGCGCGACACGGGGCACGACAUGGCCUUUGACGAGGCGAGGGCGUUGAUGCAGGCCACGUUUGACGAGGACAGGGCCACCAGCCGGACCAUGAACGCUGUCGAGGCCCGCUGUCUGACCGUGUUUCGCAACCGCCAGCAGAGGGGCAUGGUCUGUCUGACGGACGACGGCCAUGUGGCGCGCGUGCCUGUGGCGGCACAGGUCGGGGACGUUUUCUGCGUGCUGCCCGGGUGCCCUUCGCUGCUUCUCCUGACGCCUGCGCCUACCGUUGGGGAUGGUCGCGGCUUUGCCGAGGUGGGUGAGGCGUACGUGGAUGGGUUCAUGAACGGCGAGGGCAUCUUUGGGCCGCUGCCUACGGGGUGGACGGCCGUGUGGAGGGACAGUCCUGACGCGAGUGAGGUGGUGCCUGCUUUUCUGCAAGACGGCGAGUCGGUUCCUACGUGGGAUGAUCCACGGUUGUUCGCGCGAGGGUUCUUGAGUGAGAAGAUGAAGGAGAGCGCGACUUGGAAGGAGGCGCUAGAGCGGCGGAUGACACUGACGGCGGACGUGUUGAGCAGUAAAGGAGUGCCGCUGGUGGAUAUUGACUUGGUGUAG